CGGCGGCGCAUGCGCGGAGUGCCGGGAGGGCCUGCGGCCUGCUGCCUCGGCCUCUAGCAGCCCCGUCCCGUCCCGUCCCGUCCCGUCCGGCCCCCCCGGAGUCCGGACCAUGGCCAACCAGGUCAUAAAGUGCAGAGCCGCCGUGGCCUGGGAAGCCGGGAAGCCGCUGUCUCUGGAGGAGGUGGAGGUGGCCCCCCCGAAGGCUCACGAGGUCCGCAUUAAGAUCGCGGCCACGGCCGUCUGCCACACGGACGCCUACACGCUGAGCGGCGCGGAUCCGGAGGGCCGCUUUCCCGUCAUCCUGGGCCACGAGGGCGCCGGCGUCGUCGAGAGCGUCGGCGAGGGGGUGACCAAGUUCAAAGCAGGUGACGCCGUGAUCCCGCUGUACGUCCCGCAGUGCGGGGACUGCAAGUUCUGCCGCAGCCCGAAAACCAACCUGUGCCAGAAGAUCAGGCUGACCCAGGGCCGGGGGCUGAUGCCGGACGGCAGCGGCAGGUUCAGCUGCCGGGGCCGCCCGCUCUUCCACUUCAUGGGGACCAGCACGUUCGCCGAGUACACCGUGGUGGCCGACAUCUCCGUGGCCAAGGUCGACCCCUCGGCCCCCCCGGACAGGGUCUGCCUGCUGGGCUGCGGCGUGUCCACCGGCUACGGGGCGGCCGUCAACACGGCCAAGGUGGAACCCGGCUCGACCUGCGCCGUCUUCGGCCUGGGGGGUGGCCUGGCGGUCAUCAUGGGGUGCCGGGCGGCCGGGGCGGCCCGCAUCGUCGGCGUGGACGUCAACAGGGACAGGUUCGCCAAGGCCGAGGAGUUCGGCGCCACCGAGUGCCUCAGCCCCCAGGACUUCACCCAGCCCAUCCAGGAGGUGCUGGUCGACCUGACCGACGGAGGCGUGGACUUCUCCUUCGAGUGCGUCGGCAACGUCGGCGUCAUGAGAGCCGCCCUGGAGGCCUGCCACAAAGGCUGGGGGGUCAGCGUCAUCGUCGGGGUGGCGGCGUCCGGCCAGGAGAUCGCCACGCGCCCCUUCCAGCUGGUCACCGGCCGCACCUGGAAAGGCACCGCCUUCGGAGGGUGGAAGAGCGUGGAGAGCGUCCCCAAGCUGGUGGACGACUACAUGGCCAAGAAGAUCCAGGUGGACGAAUUCGUCACUCACACGCUGCCCUUCGACCAAAUCAACGAGGCCUUCGAGCUGAUGCGCUCGGGAAAGUGCAUCCGCUGCGUCCUGAAGUUCUGAGGGACCGGGCCGGACCGGCGCCGCGGUUCCGGGAGCGGCACGGAGGGGGACGCCGUUCUCCCUUCCCUCCCGCCGCCGGACGGCUUUCGGUCUUAGCGACCCGCGCUCCCCCCUCGCCCGCGGCCCCUCGCGUUCUCCCCAGCCCCUCUUCGCCCCCCCCGCCGGCUACCCAAAUCCGGGCAAUAAACAGAGCGGUCCCGGGA